ACCAGUGAAAAGUAAAAACACGAGGCUCAAUUGGCGUGUUUCUUGAAUCCUUCCUGUGAACUUCAGUGAAAGCCCAGUAGACCCCUUCCCAUCUCACGACCUUUUUCUUUACGUGUUCAAUUGAUUUGCUACUUGCUAUAGUUUACUUUGACGGCUUUGAUCAUUCAAAAAAGUGGGCUGCACUGCAUAAGUACAUGUAUAUAAGCUAGUAAAUUGAAGCGUCGAAACCAUGCAUUAAGUUGCUGAGGGGCUCUGUGACUUUGAAGCUCGCUAAAGAAGAGAAAGAGGAGCCAGGAAUAGAGAAGCUAUAGGCUGAAUCUUUGUAUUUCAAGGGUUCGGUUUUUUUUUUCGAGGCAUAACAGAUGGGACUUUGUCUUUCAAUAAUUUUGUCAGCUUGGAAUGAGAUACUGGAACACAAGAUAUUCGGUUUAUUUAACAAAGCAGAAACAGUUGUGAGAUCUGUGAGCUUUGGGAGAAGAGAAGGAGAACUGGUCUUCAGAACAUUUAGCUUUAAGAAAAAAGAAUUAGAAACUAUUCACAAGUUUGAUGAGUCAAAAGUAAGCCCGAGGGUUGAUACACAAAAGCUGAAGACUGUUGGUCCAACGAAGGGUUUAGUUGUCGAUAAGGAAUCCAAGAAUUCGCUGUCUAGAGAUAAUGAUCAAGAAGCUGUUAAUAAGUCUAAGCUUGAAGUUCUGAUUCCAGCGCCCGUUGUGGUAUCUUCUCCACGACCUAUUACUAAGCUUGAUGAUGCAGCAACUAAGCUUCAGAAAGUCUAUAAAAGCUACCGCACAAGAAGGAAUCUUGCAGAUUGUGCAGUUGUUGCUGAAGAACUCUGGUGGAAGGCCUUGGAUUUUGCAACUCUAGAGCGAAAUUCCGUAUCAUUCUUUGACAUUACCAAACAUGAAACUGCUGUCGCACGGUGGGCACGUGGUAGGACAAAGGCUGCCAAGGUAGGAAAAGGUUUACUAAAGGAUGAAAAAGCUCAGAAGUUAGCUCUACAGCAUUGGCUUGAAGCUAUUGAUCCGCGGCAUAGGUACGGACACAACUUGCACUUCUAUUAUGAUGCAUGGUCUGAAAGCAGAAGCUAUCAACCCUUUUUCUACUGGUUGGACGUUGGUGGUGGCAAAGAACUAAAUCUUCCAAGCUGUCCAAGAGUUAACAUGCAACGCCAAUUUAUUAAAUAUCUUGGACCUAAAGAGAGGGAAGCCUAUGAAGUAAUUGUGGAGGAUGGCAAGUUAGCGUACAAGCAAACUGGCAUGCUUCUGGAUACAAAUGACCGUUCAAAGUGGAUUUUUGUUCUCAGCACAUCAAGGUCCCUAUACGUAGGACAGAAGAAGAAGGGUGUUUUUCAACAUUCCAGUUUUCUAUCUGGAGGAGCUACAACAGCUGCGGGUAGACUCGUUGCUCAUGAUGGGAUUCUUGAAGCAAUAUGGCCAUACAGUGGUCACUACCUUCCAACAGAAGACAAUUUCAAGGAAUUCAUAAGCUUUCUUGAGGAGCACCAUGUAGAGUUAAGCAAUGUCAAGCGCUACACAGUUGAUGAUGCUAGGACCUCAUUUCAAGAGGUUGAUGAGGAAUCCAAAUCUAAGAAAGAGAAGUUACAAGAUCUUUCCACAACUGCAACAGCUACGGAUGCAAUUGCUACCGAUUCUGAUGGUCCCUGCAAUGAAGUUUCCCUUGCACCUGCGUGUCAAGAAAAUAUCCAGGCUGCAAAGAUACCAAGUAUUAAAGAACCCAAAUUUGACUUGGCCAAGCGUUUAUCUUGCAAGUGGUCCAGUGGUGUUGGACCACGAAUUGGUUGUGUUCGAGACUAUCCGAUGCACCUUCAAUUUCAGGCACUGGAGAAGGUAAAUCUAUCGCCUAGGCCUGGGCUGGAAAAGUCCAAGAGUUGCAUUCCCAUUCCUUCCCCGCGACCAAGUCCUAAAGUUCGCAUGUCACCGAGGCUCUUAUACAUGGGACUUCCUAGCCCAAGGGUGUCUGUUCCUUCUGCUAGUUAAAUACUGCAUUGCCAUCCCAACAGAGGAACGACCUACACUAUCACCUGGAGGGUACAAGGCCGCUCCUGGGCAGCCCUUGCAAAAUUCUUAACUGUUUCAUUUUAUUUAUUUAAUUUUUUUUUUCAUUUGAGUUCUCAAAAGGGAGCCUUAAUUGUUUCAUUCUUUUAUUCUUGUUGUACAUGAAGUGGACUUCAAGAGUCUGCAAAGAUGAAGACGUUGUGGCACUUUUUUAUGCCCUCAGUCAUCAGUUCUUUAUAGCUCAGUGAAUUGAAAGAGGACUAGCUUAGAGAGAUGACUUUAUUCUUGAAUUCUUAUUGUAUUUGAAACAGCCUUAAUUUUGUAGUUUGUGAAGCAAAUUGCAACAACUCCCUAGUUGAAAGAUCGCCUUUAGUCCGUC